GCUCCCUCAGUAUUCCGGCGUAUUAUUUGGAUUUCCCAGCCCCCUCCGGGAUCUCUUGGACCAGUCAUUCUCGCGUUUCCCCACGAGGAACGUCCCGAGCUGAAGCUACUACCAACGACCGUCCAAGACUCCAAGUGCUGCCGUACCUGGACGCUGUCAUUCCCGUCUCCUCCCAAGGCGCGUCUGGAUCGGGAUCCUCUGCUCCCCCCGGCGUAACUCAGUCUCCCAGUCUCUCUGUCUCUCUGUCUUUUCCUUCUCCUCUUCUUCCCUCUUUCCCCCCCGCUUCCUGUCUUCUGACUGGCUGGACAUCUUUCCAUUCUUUUAUUUCCCUUAGUUCCCUUUUGGAUUUCCUUUUUUUAGUUUUUCUACGACCUGAAUCGUUUCCCUCCUCCUCCCCCCCCUCAGAUUCCCUUUGACUUUCAUUUCCGCCGCUCGUUACCUUAGCUUUCUUCCUCCCAACCUCCAACCAAAAAUUCCACAAUAAUGCCUCCCAACAACACCAAGAAGCGCAAGUCGGACGGCGCGUCGCUAGCCGACGAAGCCAGUUCUCCUAAGAGAGCUGCUGUUCCAUCCACCGGAGAGAAGAGGAAGAGGGGCCGUCCUCGCAAGUAUCCCGAGGGUACGAUUCCUAAGCCCUCUUCAGGCAGAGGACGCGGUCGUCCGCGCAAGGAUCCCAAUGCCACAGACACUCCGUCCAAGCCCAAAACACCCCAAGAAGGCAAACGACCCGUCGGACGACCGAGGAAGUCUCUCGGCGACACCCCUCUGAACGGCACUCCCUCCCGAUCCGAGCAACGGAAAUCCGCGUCGGCCGACGCCAAAGCAGCAGAGGAUGAGACCGAUAGCUCUGGUCGCUCGUACUGGUUGAUGAAGGCAGAGCCGGAGUCGCGCAUAGAGAAGGGUGCCGAUGUCAAAUUUUCCAUCGACGACCUGCGUGAGCGCAGCAAGCCAGAGCCAUGGGACGGUGUACGAAACCCCGCUGCACGAAACCACAUCCGACAAAUGAAGAAGGGCGAUCUCGCCUUCUUCUAUCACUCCAACUGCCGAGUCCCAGGAGUUGCCGGUAUCAUGGAGAUUGUGCAAGAGCACUCGCCAGAUGAAUCAGCCCUCGACCCUCAACACCCCUACUACGACGAGAAGUCGACGCGAGAAGAUCCCAAGUGGGACGUGGUACACGUCGAGUUCCGACGCAAAUUCAAGAACUUUGUGCCGUUGACCGACCUGAAGAGCCAUGCCAACUCGGGCGGACAACUUGCAAACCUGCAGAUGUUGAAACAGCCUCGACUCAGCGUUUCUCGGGUCGACAAGAAGGAGUGGGAUUUCGUAAUGGGUCUUGCCAAGGAGGAGCCCGAAUCCGAGCAAUCGGCCGAGUCAUCCAAGGAGGAUGCCAGUGCAGAGGAUGAAUCAAGCGAGUAGAGAGGACCGGUAUUCUCCCAACCUGCUUUUUCAUUUCAUUGAGUUUUUCUUUCUUUCUGUCACCAUCUCUCUUUUCCAAUCUUCUUUUCUACUGACAGAGUCCUGAGCAAGGGUGUCUGUCGGAUUUCAAUAAGGGUAUAGUUAUUUUUCUUUGUGUACAAUGAAUGGGCCUUCAUCAUUCCGUUGAUUUCUUGAAGGCCAUCUAUCUGAAUACGGCAAGUUGUUGACAGGAAGGAGACCUCAAGCUGUUCAGGAUUGACCCUAGUCAGCCGCAGAGCACGGUGGUCUCAUCAAGUAACGAAUAAUCCACGAAAGUCGCCAGAGACCGAGAGGAAGCAGUAACAGCCCAAGCUUCUGGGCGUACUCCACCGGGAUGGAGCUCGCAAGCAAUCUCCGAGUCUACGUAGCUUAAG